UGUUAUGUCUAAAUUGUGGUAAAAAGUCUUGUUAAAAUUCCACAGCAGGCUUUAUUUUGAAACGCAUGCUGUGACCCGGACGUAAAUAUACCUCACGUGUUGGUGUGUGUGAAAAUGUCUACCGGCGUCGAAGCUAAAAGACCCAAAAUUGUGCCCUCUUCGCCUGAGGACAAGUUGGACUGGAAGAAAAAGAAAACAGAUGUAAAGGAGUCUAAGAAGCAAAGGAAAGAGGCCAAGCUGAUCAAACAGUUGGAUAAGCAGAAAGAGCUUGAGUCUGCGGAGAAGGCAAAACAUGAACAGAGCCAAGACAAAAAAGGUCGAGGGUACACGGUGAGUGUGGCUCUGCCUGGUUCUGUGCUGGAUAACGCUCAGUCCACUGAACUCCGUACCUACCUGGCGGGACAGAUUGCGCGGGCCUGUGUCGUGUUCUGUGUCGACGAGAUCGUUGUGUUUGAUGAGUACGGAGAAGAUGUCAAGAGCGUCGAAGGCGAAUUUAAAGGUGUCGGUAAGAAAGGACACGCUUGUAUUCAGCUUGCCAGAAUACUCCAGUACCUGGAAUGUCCACAGUAUCUGCGCAAGUGGUUUUUCCCAAAGCAUCAAGAUUUACAGUAUGCAGGUUUGCUGAACCCUUUAGACAGCCCUCACCACAUGAGGAUGGACGAUGAGUCAGAGUAUCGGGAAGGAAUCGUCCUCGAUCGGCCGAACAAACCAGGGAAAGGCUCUUUGGUCAACUGUGGGAUGAGAAAGGAUGUUCGGAUUGACAAACAGCUGCAGUCUGGACUCCGAGUCACAGUGAAGUUCAAUAAGACACAGAACGAUGAGAGUAAGAUGCAUAAAGGAACGGUGGUUGCUCCUCACCUCCCUCGCACUGAAGGAGGUCUGUACUGGGGGUACAGCGUCCGCCUGGCAUCGUGUCUCAGUGCAGUGUUUACCGAAAGUCCAUAUGAAGAUGGAUACGACCUGACUGUUGGAACAUCAGAGAGAGGCAACAACAUGGACCAAACAACACUCUCACCAUUCAAGCAUCUUUUAGUCGUUUUUGGAGGUCUUCAGGGCCUGGAGGCCAGUGUAGACACCGACCAAAACCUGGAAGUGACCGACCCGAGUGUUUUAUUUGACCUUUACCUCAACACAUGCCCCAACCAGGGCAGCAGGACCAUUCGCACUGAGGAAGCUAUUUUAGUUUCCAUGGCGGGGCUGAGACAGAAGAUCACAGCUGCAUUUUCAGAUGUUUCCAGUGGUUCAUUAAAGAAUUGAUGAAAGAAGGAAGUGAGCAAAGGCUGGCAGACUGUUUAUAAUCACCAUCAAGAUGUACUUUUUCCAUUAUCAGAGUGUUGCUUACUGUAAAAGCAGCUGUUUCAAACAUUCAACAUCUUUGUCAUUCGUUCUUCAUUCUGUAUGUCAUUGUUUGUAAAAGCCGAAACAUAUUGUACAUAUUUAAAUACAAAAACUAUCCACAAGCUUGA